GAACCUCGGGCCUACGGUAACGUUCCCGUUACUAGGUAUCUACCCCAGAUCUCUCCCGCUCCUGUUGCUACUGCCCAAUCUACGAAUCUCAAAGCCGAGUGUACAUGUAUAGUGAUCUCAGUGGCGGAUAAUUGCGACAACGCGCCUUUCUCCUAAUCCUUGCUUCUUAUUGAUAUCGACAACCACCAGAGCUAGUUGUGUAACACCAUGCACGCCAAAGAACGUCUCAAGCAACUCGCAUCCCACUUUACAUCCGCGAGCCCUGUCCCUGGUCCUCCUCCCAUUCUACCGGGCGACAGCCAUGAGUAUCAUCACCGACACAACUUCCAUACGCUGAGUCCGACGUCGUUUCUCUGGAGAGCAGCGCAGAUUGAACCGGAAGCAACAGCAAUCUACCACAAAACCGCGAACAACAAGAUUUUGCAACGCUCUUAUCUUGAGGCUGCAGAUCGUGCGAGAGGUUUCGCUUAUUUCCUAAGGAAGCACGGAUACAAGAGAGUCGGCAUACUAUCGACAAACACACCAGCAUUUUUAGAAUCCAUAUUUGGCAUCGCGGCAGCCGGAGCAGUCAAUGUUGCCAUCAAUUAUCGGCUAAAGCCGGAUGAUAUAUCCUACAUUUUCCAGCACUCCGAUGUGGAUUUUAUCAUUGCAGACUUUGAGUUUGUGGACUUGUUAGACGGUUUCCGAAAGGAACGACCCAAUGUGCCAAUUUUGGUGGACACAGAUACAGACGCGAGUGAAGGUGAGCUGUCCGGGCCAUUUGACGAGGCUGUGUUGGAGGGACUGAAUUACGAUAUUACAAACGGAAACAAGGGAUGGACAGAUCUGCAGGCGCAGGCAAAAGACGAGGAGGAUGUUAUUGCGCUGGCGUAUACCUCUGGGACUACUGCAAGACCUAAGGGGGUGGAAUAUACGCAUCGAGGUGUUUAUCUCGCCGCUAUGGCGAACAUCAUCGAGAGUGGACUGAACUACCACACCGGCCGCGCAAAGUACCUUUGGACACUCCCCAUGUUCCAUGCCACUGGCUGGACGUUUCCUUGGUCCGUCACCGCUGUGCGUGGUACACACUACUGCCUUCGUAGGAUCGAUUAUCCAGAGAUCUGGCGAUUGCUCAAGGAGCAGGGCAUUACACACAUGAAUGCCGCGCCUACAGUGAAUAUAUUACUCUGCGCGGCCAAAGAAGCGGAGAGACUACCCCAACCUGUACGCGUCACGGUCGCUGCAUCUCCACCCACUGCCUGGCUCUUCGAGCAAAUGACCAACUUCAACCUUCAACCCGUACAUGUCUACGGUCUUACGGAAACAUACGGUCCCGUCACAAAAGGAUACCAUAUGCCUUCCUGGGACGCCAUACCCGAGAAAGAAAAGUACGCCAAAAUGGCACGACAAGGACACGGCUUCAUCGCCGCCUUGCCCAUUCGGGUCAUCAAGACGGAGCAGGAUGCAGAUGUGUUGAUUGAUGUGGAGCGCAACGGAAAGGAGAUUGGAGAAAUCGUGUUUGAGGGCAAUAUCUGCGCCAAGGGAUAUUACAAGGAUGCAGAGGCUACAAGGAAGUUGUGGGCAGGUGGUGUCUCUCAUAGUGGAGAUCUAGCGGUCUGGCACGCAGACGGUGCGAUUCAAAUUUUAGAUCGGGCGAAGGACAUCAUCAUUUCCGGCGGCGAGAACAUUUCCAGUGUGGCUCUUGAAGAUAUGCUUUCUACCCAUCCAAAUAUCCUCGAAGUUGGCGUCGCUGCAGUGGCUGAUUCACACUGGGGGGAGAGACCCAAGGCUUUCGUCACUACCAAGGACGGAAGUAACAGUGCGACAUUUGGUGAAGAAGUUAUCCAAUGGGCCAAAGAGAAUAGCAAUAUCUCGAGGUUUAUGGUUCCAAGAGAGGUCGAGGUUGUGUCGGAGCUGCCGAAGACGAGCACAGGGAAAAUUCAGAAGAACGUACUUAGACAAUGGGCUAAGGGAAACCGAGAAGAGAAGUGAGGAGCAUACUGUAUUGUAGUAGUGUUUGAUUAAGCUUCGGCUUUGUGAAUAGCGUACAACCUCC